AUGGCUAAACAAAAAGUCACCACCAAAGGUUCCAACAAAUAUAGAUACAGUUCUUUCAAAGAUAGAAUUGAUGACUUGAAAAUUGAACCUGCUAAAAACUUGGAAAAAAGAGUUCAUGAUUACAUUGAAACUUCACAUUUUUUAGCCUCUUUUGAUCAUUGGAGAGAUGUUAAUAUGAGUGGUGAUUAUCAAGAGUUUGUUCAAGAAAUAGAAAACAAAAUACAAACUUUACCCCAGAUUUUAUUUCAUCAAAAAGAAAUUUUUGAAUCAUUAAAAAGACACAUAGAUUAUCAUAAUGAAAGAUCUUUACAACCUUUAUUAGAUUUGUUAGCACAAUUUUGUCAUGAUUUAGGCCCAGAUUUCACUGUUUUCUACAACGAUGCCAUUAAAUCUCUAAUUUCGAUGUUGGAUGACGCAAUAAAUUUUGAAUCAUCAAAUGUGUUUGAAUGGGGAUUUAACUGCUUAGCAUAUAUUUUUAAAUACUUGUCGAGAGUUUUAACACAAGACUUGGUUCCCACAUUCAACUUACUUUUCCCGUUACUUGCCCACAAAAAAGAGUAUUUAUCCAGGUUUUCCGCUGAAGCUUUGUCAUUUUUAAUCAGAAAAACAAAGGCUAAGAAUCUUUCAACAUUUUUAUCAUAUGUAUUUGAAAAGCUAAUUGAAACUGAGGACAGCAAUCUAUAUGACGGAUUGGAGACUUUACUUGAAGAAGCAUUGAAAAGCACCAGAGACACUUUGCAUUCUAAGACAAGCAUCAUAUUGGGUGUGUUACUAGAUAAAGUUUUGUCCUUCAAUAAUAAGGUGGUCGAUUCAUUUCUUUGUGAUAUUUUGAUUGAUAUAUUGAGACAUGGGUCCUCAGAAAAUGUUGUUGGUGUUUAUGACUUGAUCUUGAAAAAGAUUUCUGAGUAUUUGGAAACAGGUGAAAACCAGGAUUUGGAUAAAAUUGUUAAAAUAAUGAAUACCCUCGUAUUUGCUGAAAGCGGUAGGAAAAUAUCUGAUUGGUCAGCAAUUGUUGCAGUUAUAGAACAAGUUUUAAAAACAAGAGAAGCCAGCGCCCGUCACAGCAUAUUACCAGAAAACUGUGCAUUUUUGUUUGCUGUUGUGUUACGUAAUUGUGACGUUAAAACCUUGACUUAUUUCCAUAAAAGGAUGUUUGAUUUCUACUUGGAAUGUUAUUCCAAUCAGUUUGUUUAUUUUUUCAAGCUUUGUUUGAAGACUUCCAAAGAAAGAACUUUUUCGUUCAGUGGUGUAAAAUACUUUCAAAAAUUUAUAAGGAACCAUUGGGCAGAUAACGUGAAAAAAAUAGCAUUGUUUUUGUAUGAUAUAGAGGAAGACGAAGAGUUAUGUUCCAAACUGAAUUUAAUAAUGCCAGUAGCUCUUGAGAAACAUGCCUAUGCAGUGAUCAAAAACAUUUCCAAGUUUGACGAUGAAAGUUUGUUGGAUGCAUACGUGAUGGUAAAAAUAAUCCAAUACUGUGACAAACCUGACCAAGAAGUAUUGUUAGGAUUCAUAGAACAGAUUUCAAAUGCGGAAACAAGCGAGUUUGGUAAUGAUGUGUUGGGUACAUAUUUAAGUGCUUUCAAAACCAUUUCAAAAGAACACUAUACGGCUUUUAUCUCCAUUUUUGACAAAUUAAUGACAUCGAAAACCCAAAUCAAAACCAGCAGAUACUUUAUUGAAGGGUUUAACAAUAUUGUAACAUUUCUUAACGUUAUUCGCCAUGAAGACUUGGCAAUUUUUUUUAAAAGAGACAACUACCGUAUUGUUUAUGAGCUCACUGAAAAUUUGGUGUUACCGAACCCAAAACUAAGAUACGAAACACUAAAAUUGAUUAUCAAAAUGCUUGAAAUUGCGAAUUACAGUAAUGAGAUUCCUAAUUUUAUUAAAAGUCUACUUAUCAUGGAGGAAAUUCCACAAACUUUACAAAAUGCGCGUGAUUUAACUUUUAGACUUAGAGGGCUGGGUGGAGAUUUUGCUAAAAGCGACCCAAAUGACAUGUUUUCCAGUAUUUUCUUCAAGUAUUUGUUUGGGUUAUUGACUGUUAGAUUUUCUCCUAUUUGGGACGGCAUAUAUGAAAUAUUGCCAGAUAUUUAUACCAGGGACGAAAGCCUGGUUUGGUCACUAUGUCUAAGACUGCUAAAGACUUUAGAUGAGCCGUAUACUUUGGACUACUAUACUAAUUGCAACGACGAUGAACCAAUGAACGAUGAGGUUAGAGAAAAUUGGUGGACAGUGAGUGUCAAAAGAUUGGACGAUGCUAUUGAAUCGGCAGAUACAGUUUUUGAACUUUAUUCUAAUGAAGGCCGAUCAAUAAUCGAGUUGUUGAAAGAAAGAAGAGGUAACUUUGAAUAUCCUCAACUGAUCAGAAACCAAGCAUUAAAGGUUUUGUUGUUAUUCCCAGGUCUAGCUGAGCGCAAUUCAAAGCAGAUUGUGCCAUUUUUUUUCAAUAAUAAAGAAAGUGAGGAUAUCUUUGGCUUUCAAACUGAAAAGAGUGUUUCUGCUGCUAAUUGGACCGAUUCAGAUAGAAAUUUAUUGUUGAAACUAUUUGCAAGCUUUAAAAAUAUUAAGAGCAUUUACAAAUCUGAGGAGAUACAUCAAAGGCUAUGUACCCUAUUAGGGAGCAGGAGUUUAGAGGUACAAAAGUUGGCACUAGCUGGUAUUUUUGCGUAUAAAAAUAAGGUUGUUUUAAAAUACCAAGAUCAUUUGAACAACUUGUUGGAUGAUACGUUAUUCAAAGAUGAGCUCACCAAGUUUUUGUCUGCUGGCGAAGAAAGAAUUAUUGAGGAUGGAGAUGAUGUGGUGAUCAUGCCAUUGGUUUUAAGAAUCUUUUUUGGACGUGCUCAAACUCCCAUCACCAGUGGUAUUAAGAAGAGUAGAAAAGUUGCUAUUCUAACAGCUCUACCAAAUUUUAAGGAAAGCUAUAUCAUUGAUUUUUUAAGGUUGGGUACUGAAAAAUUAAAUUUUGUUGAAUACUUUGAAAAUUAUGCACUAACCGAAGAAGAUGUGAGUUCCUUGUCAUUAAGAAGAAUGGUUGGUUUUAUUUCUAUUGUCAAUGCAUUAUUUCCUAUUUUGGGCUCAAAAUUUCCAGCUGCUAUGGAAACUGUUAUCCAACCGUUGAUUUUUUCCUGUGCCGCUGCAACUUAUAUCUUAAGCAAGGGACUACAAGAAGAUAAUAUUAAUAAGGUUGCAUCCAAUGUUAGACAGCAAGCCAUGAGAUGUUUCUAUCAAUUAUUUAAGCAUUAUGCUGAUUCUUUGGAUUGGUCAAAAAACCAACAAGAUUUUUUUAGUCUUGUUAUUAAUCCUAGGUUGCCUAACUUUGAUGAGGAAAAUCUACAACAACCUUCUGCUCUAUUGAAGAUUAUUACAUCUUGGGCCGCUAAAAAAAGUAUGUACAGUUUCUUAUAUUUUGAAGAUUUUUCGUGUGCAAAAGCUUUGAUGAAAAUUUUGUUAAACCCAAAGGCAAAAGAAUCUGUUAUAGUUGUUAUCUUGAAGUUUGUGAAUUCCUUAAUUUUGACUCCUAGCGAAGAUGAACAAUAUGUUGAUUUGGUUGCAUUGACCGUUUCCACGUCCUUACAAAAGUUGCCACACGUUUUUAGGGACUUUUCAUCAAAAGAACUUGUGUCGACAGCUGUUGAGCUGUUGUUUAGUGUUACCAAUGCAGGUUAUAUUCAGGACAAUGAAGCCAGAAAAUUAUUGGUAGAUUCUCUCACGGAAGUGUUGGGCGAGCAUUACAAAAAUGUUGCUUCUAAGGAGCUGGUUAAACUUUUGAAAUCAUUGUCAACUAUUAUUUGUGAUUUCGAUGCUAGUUGGGAAGAAGUCGAGCCUGUGUACAAGAGCUUAUCCUCAUUGUUGAGAGUUUAUGUUGACAAAGAUAUUAGGAUUGGGUUAUGUUGUGUUUUUGACAGUAUUGGGAACAAGUUUGCUCAAUUUGGUAAUGUUUCCAGAUUAAUUUCUGAUUUGAAUGCUUUUACAACCAACAAAAUGCAAGGAUAUGAUUUUGAAAGAAGAUUGCCGGCUUUCAAGGAGAUUAUUGAAGUCGAAUAUGAACAUUUCAGUGAAUUGGAAUGGUUACCUAUUUUGUAUAUCUCUUUGUUUUUCAUGAAUGAUUCUGAAGAAUUGGCCAUUAGAACCAAUGCCACUGCUGUUGUGAAUUCUUUUACAAGAUAUCUAAACACAAAGGAUACAGAUCCCUCUGAAGCCAUUUCUCUGAUGAAAGAUGUCGUACUACCGCAUUUAAGAACGGGGCUAAGAAGGAAAAACGAAGACAUUAGGAACGAAUACAUAUCUGCUGUGUCUUACAUUGUAUCAAAUUCUAGAGUUUUCACAGAGCUCAAUGACAUGAAAGUUUUAUUGAUAGAAGGUGAUCAAGAGGCUGACUUUUUCUUUAACGUCAGUCAUGUUCAACUGCAUCGUAGACAAAGAGCAAUUAAGCGAUUGCGAGAGUUUGCUAGCGCUUUAAGAGAUAAUUCCAUAGCGCAUUAUUUGAUCCCGAUGAUUGAAAACUACGUUUUCUGUGAGGACGAAAAGUACAGAAACAUUUACAACGAAACUAUAUUGACCAUAGGAAAAUUGUCUAAUUUCGUAAGUUGGAAUCAAUACAAGGCUUUAUUUAGAAGAUACAAAUCAAUGUUGAAAUUGGACUACCAAUACUUGAAAGAAGUUUGUCUUUUAUUGGUUCAAGUGUCUGCUUCUUUGAAAAGCACCUUAUUUAAUAUUAGAUAUGAUGCUUCUGAUUUGCCAUGCAUUAGAAAUUUCCCAAGAAAGGAGAUUGAAGUCGAUUCUUUUAUUGAGAAUGAACUGUAUGUGGAUAUCUCUAAAAUAUUGGCUAAAAGAGAUGAUGAAACGAUUGUAGCACGGAUUCCACUAUCAGAGGUUUUGGUGAAUUUGAUUUUGGGUUUGGAUGAGGAUCGUAUUUCAAAGCUUUUGCCAGGUAUUUUGACUAGUAUCUGUCAAGUACUACGUAGCAGAUCUGAAGAAUUAAGGGACGCGGUCCGGAAAAACUUGAGCCAAAUCUCUGUUAUCCUGGGACAAAAGUAUUUGUCAUUUAUUGUCAAAGAAUUAAAGGGUGCUUUGACUCGUGGUUCUCAAAUUCAUGUUUUAAGUUUUACUGUUCAUUCGGUUUUGGUUUCUUUGAAAGACAUUUUGGGUCACGGUGACAUGGAUGACUGUGCAGGCUUAGUUGUUAAUAUUAUCAUGGAGGACAUUUUUGGAUCUGCCGGACGAGAAAAGGAUGCAGAGGGUUAUACGUCUAAGAUGAAAGAGGUCAAACACAACAAAAGUUUUGAUACUGGUGAGUUGGUUGCUACUAAUAUAAGUUUACGUAAUUUUGGUUCUUUGCUUAUUCCGAUAAAGGCUUUAUUGAUGGAGAGUAUUUCUUUGAAAACACAACGCAAGUUGGAUGAACUAUUAAGAAGAUACGCAUUGGGCUUGAACCACAAUAGUGAGUCAUCUAGCACCAGCGUUUUGAAAUUGUGUUACGAAAUCUACAGAGAAGGUAGCAAUGGUAGAACAUUAGAAGAGAGAAACAGAAAUAGUAAGAAAGAAAUAAGUGCGGAGGAGGAAUUCUUUUUGGUGAACUUGCGAACCAAAAGGGAUAGUGUGGAACAAGAAUCCUCUUUGUAUGUUGCAGUUUUGCAGAAAUUUUCCUUGGAUUUGUUGAGAACUGCACUAACAAGACAUUCCAAUUUGGUAAACAUGUCCUAUCUAGAGGGUUUCAUGCCUCUUUUAAGAGAGGCCAUAGAAUCAGAAGAUGAGGGCGUUGUCAUUAGUGCUUUACGUGUUUUUAUGGUUUUAGUUAAAAUAGAGUUUUCUGAAAACUCUGAGCCUAUUUUUAAGACAUGUGCCAGGAAAGUAUUAACUAUCAUAAAGGACUCGCCAUCAACAUCCAGUGAGCUGUGCCAGAUUGGGUUGAAAUAUUUAUCUGCCUUUAUUCGUUAUAAGGAUAUUCAGUUAAAAAACACAGCACUAAGUUAUGUUUUGACUAGAUUGUUACCUGAUUUUAACGAGCCCAACAAACAAGGCUUGGCUUUUAAUUUUUUGAAAGCUCUAGUUGCCAAGCAUGUGAUGUUACCUGAAUUGUACGAUGUUAUGGAUACCGUUUCUGAGAUUAUGGUUGCAAAUCAUUCUGAAGAAAUAAGAGAUGUUUCCAGAAGUGUAUUUUAUCAGUUUUUGGUAGAAUAUGAUCAGAGUAGGGGUCGUUUGGAGAAAAAAUUUAAAUUUUUGGUUAGUAAUUUGGAAUAUCCUUCACCAGCCGGUAAACAAUCUGUUAUGGAGUUGAUCGGUUUAAUUUUAAAUAAGGCCAACGAAGAUCUAUUAGAUAGCUUGUCUUCCUCAUUUUUUGUUUCUUUGGCUAAUGUUGCUGUUAAUGAUGACUCACCAAAAUGUAGAGAAAUGGCAACCACUGUAAUUUCUGCUCUAUUAAAGAAAGUUGGUCCCAAGAAAGCUGCAACAAUUGAGAAAUAUAUUAUCGCUUGGUUGAAGCAGUCUUCCAGAGAAGAGUUUUUGGGUUUUGGUCUAAGAAUAUAUAAAAUUUAUCUUACAUCUAUUGGGUUGGGUUUCAAUAAGGAACUGAAUAAGUUAGCCGAGAGCCGUGUUAAAUCUGUGAUUGAAAACUCAGGAGUGGGAUCUGAAAAUUCCUGGUCCUUGCUUUAUGUGGCUUUAAGUAUUUUUUCUAUCUAUGUUACCAAAGAUGCUGCUGUGUAUACGGAAAACUAUCAUCUAAUUUGGACCAAUGUUAUUGAUUGCUUAUUGUAUCCACAUCCUUGGGUUAGAGUUUCUGCCUCCAGAUUGGUAAAUUGGCUAGUUGAUAACUUGGAAAACUUUGGUACCAUUUUUUCCGAUUAUGAGCUCCAAACUAUUGCCUAUAAAAUAUUUAGACAAUUGGGCGCACCAGCUGUGAGUGAGGCAUUAGCAGAAGUGUCCGUCAAAACAUUAGUCAAACUACUUAUGAAAUGGAAGACAGAAGAUACUAAAUACGUGGAUCCUCCAAAGGAAGACGUGGGAAAUAGCCCUGUUGCUGAGAAGUAUAGUGAUUGUAUUGAGUUUGCACUCACCAAGGCCUCUCAUAUUAUCAGAAGUGAACAGCACUUAUUAGUUGAUGCGUUUGUGGCCAAAAAAUCUAUGAUCCAGUUGCUUGCUUUAAUGAUACAAAUUUUAGAUGCUGCCGUUGUUACUAAAUAUUCGGAAAAAAUCAUUAUGGCACUAUUUAUGUACUUGGAAAGACCUGCUGUUAUUGAUGAAAAAGAUGAGGAACUCCAAACCUUGAGUAAGGAAUGUUUGCAAUUUUUGGAGGGCAAAAUAACAGUUGCAGCAUUUUCUGCUUCCUAUGCUAAUGUGAAGCAGGAAGUUAUUGAAAGAAGACAACAAAGAAGAGGUAAGAAAGCUGUUUUGGCCGUUACUGCACCGGAUAUCGCUGCAAAUAAAAAAUUAAGAAAGCAUCAAAGGUCAAGGGAAAAAAGAAAGCAUGUUAAAGAUGAAAAUGGUUAUUAUAGGAAAAAAAGGAGGGUUUAA